UCAAUUAUGUGAAAGACGAGAAAUGGUUUGGAGUUUGUGUAGUCGGCAGCCAUCGUACUCUUCUAGGUGGAACUUGCACACUCAUCAGUUGUUCGAUUGGCAAAACCAGCAAGAUAAAAAGUUACUCCACAUUGCAGCACAUGGUGGAGGUGCUACUUGGCUUCUCUCUCUCGCCGGCUGGAUUGUCGUCGUGAGCAGUUGAUUUGAGUGGAAGAAGAGAGGAUCGCGUAGGUGGUGAACCCACUUAGGGAGAUUCGUAGAGGUGUGACACGGGGCGAAAGGCUGGAGGGUUGGCGAUUCUAUGGCAAAAACCGAUGCUUUUGAGCUCCCUGUGAAGCAGACUGUGACUGUUAAGUCAAUUUGAUUAUGCCAAUGGUGGGGAUUGAAUGGCCGGAGCUUCAUAAGUUAAGAUGAUUGCAACGGAUGAGUGAAACUUGUGAGAAUAGGAGUUGGGUGUGCGUUAGGGGUGGGUUGAUGGCAAAGACAGUCGCGAAAUUAGGUGAUAGCAAGGAAGUAGAGUUCGACGAUCCGGGGUCGUGGCAUGAAGAGAGCCACCUUCCAAUUGACGUCGUUCACCAAAUCGUAACAAUCCUGUCGGAGCGAGACACUUGCUCCCUGGGAAGAUGCUCUCGCUACUGGCACGCCAUCUGCUCUUCGGACGUCGUGUGGUUCCAUCUCUUCCACAAGCGUUGGGCGUCGACCUCUACAGCUACCGCCAUAUUCUCAUCCCGCCACCUGCGAGGAAAAGAUAGUCCCAAGCGUCGGCUCUGCGAUUGCAUGCUCAUCAAGCCCUGCAGUGUACACAACUUGUUCAAGCAGCACGGAGAGGGAUGGCAGGCAGCGUACCGAAACAGUCACGUGGAGAUGAGGAAGAGAGCAAGAGCGGUGGUGGAACUGAUCAAGGCCCGGACACGACACGAAUCCGUGGAGGUGGCCGACUAUCAGAAGGGGCUCAUGAUGCUGUCUACCACAGGCCUGGCCCUCUACGAUGUGUUUUUGUUUCUCUUUACAUCUGCGCAGAGUGUUCUCGUGAACCUAAUCGGAUUACACUACUGUCUCUUCCAUCUCGGCGCUCAGGGCGCAGAGCUCAAGGAAUUGAAGGAGUUUCUGGCACGAAGUAAAGUGGGAGAAAGGAAGGUGUGUUUGAGGUGGUGGAGCAUGGGAGGGUGGGCCAAUGGUUUUCGUCGCCGGGACGAGAUGCAAAUCCGCAUGGCCUCCAUUGCUAAUCUCACCGAGCCAGAGAGUGUCCCCUUGUUCCAAAUUCUCGACAGAGGCACUCUACACGAAGUAUUGCGCGUGCAAAUCUCGGCAGACUUCGAAUCCAGCGCAUGGGUUCAGCGGGACAUGCACUCGCAGCGAUGAUCGCGGCUUCAAGCGUCCUCAACUACUCUUCGAGCUCCCUGAUCUCUACAAGAACCUCUGUGCCCCGUAAAUACAAUCCUAUGUGAAUAACUCCCGGCGAACGAGUCUUCAAUCCACCUCACAUGUACAUAGACUGAACAAUCGGGCACAUUGAAAGUUUGCAGUGUCAAUUCCUCCAACAGCAUGAAGAACAGGUUCAGAACCACCAUUGUGCGAAUAAGCAGCACCGCCCUUUGCAACAAUGCUGCUGCUGCUAUCGUAAACCCGCAUGCUCUGCAGAGUCCAUGUAUAAACGCGCAGCUUGCUUGUGCACCCGGGCUCACAAGGCAGAAGAAGAAGCUAUGGCGUCCCUCCCUCCCUCCGUCCCAGUUCCAUUGCAAUGCAAUGGCAUGAGCCCUACUGCUGCUGCUACGAAUUCAUCUAGCUCGGGGGGGAGGGGCUCCGUAUUCGGGCUCUCUCUCUCGCAACAUUCAGUGGCUUCUCUUUCUCUCUCGAUCUCAAUCGAAGCCCCGCUUCCCUCGCGUCCCUCGUGCAUUUUCUAACUACUCUAUUCUUCUCUAGGUUCUCCUUUUACUUUUGCAACUCUUCGUGCACUUCUUCGGCCCCAUUACUUUUACGUUUCAAUGGAUGUUAUUAUUGUGCUGGGAGUGACGGGGUGAAUGGGAAUGUAGUUGAUUGUUGUUGUUGUUUACUGUGUGCUUCAUCAUUUUCCUAGCCCCUUGGAAUGGAAUGUAAAGUAAGUAUUUGAAAACCAUAUAAAUUUAGCAAAAAUUGGAAGAACUUUGAAUUAGUUUUGACUUAUAAAUCUUUUGAUCAAGAGUGAUGUUAUUAGAUUAAUGUAUAGUGCAAGAAAGAGAAUAAUAAAUAAUGGUACUCACAAUAUUUCACAACACGUUUUAAAAUUUUCCACUAUUAGUAUUGUUAGUACUAUUCAUUACAACAUGUUUAAUAAUUGAUAGUACUAACAAGAUUUGAAUGUGAUAAAUAAACUUCUUUUUUUUC